CCAUUUAUAAACAAAGCCACAUGUGUUUGUUUACUUUUUUUAAUGUCAAUAGAAUAUUUUGCCGGUCGAAAUUCUAAGUUUUAUUUUCUUUAUACAAAACACACAUUUUAUAAAUAUCAAAAUUAUUAGCAUAUAAUUUUUUCGUAAUGCCGACUUCUAUACGCGCACUGAUUUCCGAAGGCCUCCGUGUAGGAGUAAUUAUGGCCGCCGGUGAUGCGAUUUGCCAAACAUUUGUGGAAAAACGAGAGCUGAAAAACUUGGACGUAAAUCGAAUGUUGAAAUUCGGUGCUGUGGGUGUUGUCUACGUCGGUCCCGUAUUAAAAGGAUGGUAUGGAACAUUAGAUAAAAUAGUGCCAAAGGGGUCGCCACCACUUAAACGAGCGUUAAAGAAAAUGGCAUUGGAUCAAACUUGUUUUGCACCAUCAUUCAUUGCUAGUUUAAUAGGCAUCUUUGGUCUUAUCAACGGUGAAAGCAUACCAACAAUCCAAGAUCGUUUCAGGAAUGAUUAUUUUACGAUUUUGUCACGAAAUUACAUGCUCUGGCCAGCUGCGCAAGUAAUUAACUUUUCCGUCGUUCCACUUAAUUAUCAAGUGUUAUAUGCACAAUUUAUAUCCCUAAUAUGGAACAUCUAUCUAUCUAUGAAGUUGAAUGAUGAGAAGAAAUAACUUGCAACGAAGCUAUACAAAUUUGAAAUUAAUCGAAUAAUCCAAAAUAAUACAUGUAAGCUAUUUUUGAUUCGCCAAGCGGAGAGUAAAAUAUAUUUUAACAAUAAAUAUUGCAAAAGAACAAAUAAGUGUAAAAAUGUCAAUAUAUUUACAUUAUUGUAUUGGAUACUUAUGUAAAUGCAAAAUUUUUCAAAGCUAAAAGAGAUCUGUACUACAAAUGGUGACUAGCUGAUUUAAAUAAGGUAUGAUGGUUCCUUAAAAGCUAAAUGAAGAAUCUACAGUGGGAUAACCUAAAUCAAAGUUAUACAUAAGCUAAAUAAAAUAUUGAAAAAUAUUAAAACUGCUCAAAAAAUUGUGUUUUUGUUAAGU